GGUGUAGUCUACGGCCAUCUCUUCAGAGACACAGACGGCCCUGGGUUGCACAUCAGCGGCCAGCAGCCAGCCAGCAGAACUCUGGGAGAGAGCAAAGUAUUAUAAUAUCGGAGUGAAGAAGAGUGCGGAGUCGAAAAAUCUUUUGUGUGUUUCGCGUCGGCCAUUAAAACACUCCUCUGGCUGCUCGUCGUCGGGUCGAUCUAGUCGUAUACUGUGUGUGUCCCCCAGCGCCAUUCAGCAUCAACUAUCCAGCUCGGGUUUUCGGCGAUGGAGAAAAUCAAAUUUAUUCGCUGAAAAUCGUACUUUUGUCGCGUUUUGUUACGGGAACCGUGUAUACGCAAAUGCAAACUAUCCUUAGCUUAGUGAAUUUGAUCGAGGUUGAAGCACAGACAAACAGACGUCACACUCUCAUCGAUGUCCAUCGAUCACCUUUUUAACGGAUUAUAAGAGACGGUACUUGAAGGAGGUGGAGCACCAGGAACAGCAGAAGCAGCAGAAGGAGCUUUUUCGGCUCCGGAUUGAAAAACGAAAAAUCUUGUAAAUUGAAACAGUGCCACUAGAAGCAAUAAGCAGAAAAAGAAGAGGAAGUGUUUGUUUCCUUCAACGCAUAUUCUAGUGUAUUUUGUGUGUUGUGUAUGACAAGAGAAAAAAGAGAGGUGUCAAUAUAUUUUUGGAUUCAUUGAUAAUAUUUAAGAGUUCGAGUGUUGUACAGAGUGUGUUUAUGAACUGCUGAAAGCAGUUCUUUUUUGUGCUUCGGAUCGGCUGGGAGUACAUCGCAUAGAAGACUAGAUGGAGGACCCCAACCGGAUGAUGAGCCACGGUGGCUUGAUGCCGCCGAACUACGGCAUGCCGACAAACGACGGCCAAACCGUAGAUAACGACCCCCGUAAGCAGGACAUUGGCGAGAUUCUCCAACAGAUCAUGAACAUCACGGACCAAUCGCUGGACGAGGCCCAAGCGCGAAAGCACACGCUCAACUGUCACAGAAUGAAGCCAGUCCUGUUUGCGGUGCUGUGCGAGAUCAAAGAGAAAACAGUCCUGUCGCUGAGGAACACCCAGGAGGAGGAGCCCCCAGAUCCGCAGUUGAUGCGCCUGGACAACAUGCUGAUCGCGGAAGGAGUCGCCGGGCCCGAGAAAGGCGGCGGUGCAGGUGCGCCAAGCGACUUCAUGUCCCAAUCGGAUCUGCCCGGUCAGGACAAUGCCAUCGAACACUCGGACUACCGGGCCAAGCUGGCGCAAAUCCGUCAGAUCUACCACCAGGAGCUGGAGAAGUACGAACAGGCCUGCAGUGAGUUCACCACGCACGUUAUGAACCUACUUCGCGAGCAGAGCCGUACCAGACCCAUCACGCCGAAGGAGAUCGAGCGAAUGGUGCAGAUAAUCCACCGGAAAUUCAGCUCCAUCCAGAUGCAGCUCAAACAGUCCACCUGCGAAGCCGUGAUGAUCUUGAGAUCCCGCUUCCUAGAUGCUCGACGAAAGAGACGCAAUUUUAGCAAACAGGCAUCGGAAAUCCUCAACGAGUACUUCUACAGCCACCUCAGCAAUCCCUACCCUUCAGAAGAAGCCAAGGAGGAGUUGGCCAGAAAAUGUGGCAUCACGGUCUCCCAAGUGUCGAACUGGUUCGGCAACAAGCGCAUUCGCUACAAGAAGAACAUCGGCAAAGCCCAAGAGGAGGCGAAUCUGUACGCCGCCAAGAAGGCCGCCGGUGCCUCUCCGUACUCCAUGGGUGGACCUCCGAGUGGUGCGGCCACUCCGAUGAUGUCUCCCGCACCCGCCCAGGACUCCAUGGGCUACUCGCUGGGGUCCGGUGGCUACGAUCAGCAGCAGGCGUACGACGGCAGCAUGGGUUACGAUCCGAUGGGUGGCCACCAGGACUUGAGUCCUUGAGAUGCGGAGUACUAGAGCGCAACGCUGGAGCGCGUUCAAUCCGGUGUAGUACAGCUUAGCAAGUUAGAGUGAGUCCUUACCGAUGAUGAGAGUGCGUACGAAUAGUAGUGGAUAAGAUAAUUAGCACCGCUUUUCUUCUCACCUCCUUCUGAAUGGUGGAUCAAAUGCAGUGUAGGCAACUGGUAGAAGUUAUCUAGUUUAGUUCAAAUUCGGGCCAGAGCGAGAUAGGGAUUCUGGGUUUGGUUGUAUGACCCGUUUUGAAUCCAGAAUCAAUAAUGGAGUAAAAGAUUGAUUUGUUUAAGUUUGAAACACACAAAAGUGAGUUAGCUCUACGUUUAAGAAAUGAUUAUUUUAGAACGAUAAUUAUUUAAAUUUUAUCUCAUGAAACGGAAAGUUCACCAUUUGCACUAAUUCGGUAAUUAUGAAACUGAUUAUUAUUUUCGAAUUGAUACAUUGAUUGUGUCGUUCGUCAGUGAAAACGUACAAUUUCUCCCAGAAGGUGAUUCCUAUGGUCAUCCUAUCUCACCGCCGCUCUACGGAUUAGUGGAAUUAUACAUAAAUCAUCGCUGCAAUAAUUUUAGCUAUUUACACUAUGAUGAACGCAUUUCUAACCUACUUUUACAAACAUCCGCCCAGAUGCCAAGAGCAGCGUUUUGUUUAUAUUUAAUAAGAGCGCUUACACAUAUUAAUGCCUAAACAAAUCACCGUUCGGUGUUUGCAUCCGACUCGAGAUUGAUUGAUUUGCGUGCUUUGGUUUGGGCAUUUUACUACACCACUAUAUCGCAAUACAUCACAACCAACUAUACCAUACCUUGAUUCCUAAGCCCCGGUGUGUUUUCUUCUCCGCAACAGAUUCUCCUAAUUGACCUACACGAAAUCCACUAACAUGAGUAAGUAAGAAAGCAAACAACGUUAUGAAUACUUCAAUUCUACCGAUAGAGGAUAGUUUAAAAAGGAAACAAACUAUUGUGUAUACCAUUAGACGAUAGGGAAAAAAGAGAAACACAAAAUGAUACUAUUACUAUAAGUCUCAUGAUCCAACGCAAUGAUCCGGCUCUCAGUCGGUAAUGGAAAACAGUAACCACCAUUUUUUCCAAGUUGGCCAUCAAUGUGGCCCUGAUUGAAGCUCAUUCGAGUCUUUCCCGGAUGAGCCAGCCACACUCACAUAAAUAUACGUAAAUAAAUUAAAGCAGAGUUAGUGCAACCAGAAGAUUAUGCAAAACAAUAUUUCCUUUGUCUAGUAAAUUUGGAACAAAUCUAAACAAAGCUAUUUUUAGAGUAGAAGCAUUUGGAGCAUUUUCAUUUCUUCCCACUUGAAAAUGAGAAUCCUGUAGACGACUAGACGACAGAAUAACAUACUCUUCAAUUCACAUUAAAAGGAAUCCAACCAACACAAGAAAACACACACAAGUAUACAAUUUUCAAAGUUUUUAAAAACUUUUCGAAACGAUCAAAAAGAAGAGAAAAUCGAAACCCAGUUAUACGAUUCGCUAUACCAAAAUUAAGCUCUAUCUCCGCCAGAAAGGAUUUGUACUUAACGUUAUAGAGACACAGCAAAUGAAAAGAUUAACUAGCAACCUUGUCAUUUACACUAAAACUAAACACAAAAAUGGGUGUGUACGUGAGCCUGUGCUAAAGCGCACGACUAACAGCAACCCUGAAUCCUAUAAAACCACGAACAACCACACACACGUUGAGAACAAAAAAAAAUAUUGACAAUAUGUGCAAGCGAACGGCAAAAUGCUAAACGGAACGAAGACGAGACUCAAAUAGAACCCAUGCCAAUCGGAGGUAUAAAGCUACGGACGGCUGGACUUGGUAGUCUGGAGUCUCUCUAAGAAAACCUGUGUGACAUUUUAGAGAACGCAAGUUGAUGAAACAAAAAAUUAUGCGAACAAAUCAUUUGUAUACGAUAUAAUAAUAAUGAAAAAAACUAUUAAUUAAUGAAAAAGUUUGAAAAUAUACUAUUUAAAGCUACCAAUUAUUAACGAACAAAAACUAUUUUCCAAUCAUUUUAAUAGAAAAUUUCAGUUUCGAGAAAAAUAUAAAAAAUCGAGAGAUAGAAAAAAAACAAAAUUCAAGUAAUAUCUAGUGGCUUUCUACCGUUAAGAUAUGGCCAACGAACCGACGACGACAGCUAAUCAGGUUUUACGUUCCCUACUCGCCAGGAUCGGAAAGUUCUGGCAGCACUGCUAAACACGAGUAUGAGUGCUUCUCAGGAAAUCCCACAGAAGAAUUUCGAUCCGUGGUCAUCUACAAGACCCGUUUCACCACAAGAUACGAGCAUCACAACAAAGUUCGCAUAAUGUCAUUUCUCAUGAGUUUUUCGCUAUGGUUUUUUAUGGUUGCUAUUUAUUGAUUUGGUUGUGCAUGAAAGAGUUUCCACCUGUGAAUGAGAGUUCAGUUUGGUAUGUUUUGUCAAAACUAUAUCCGUUAUCUAAGUGUUCGUGUUGUCCUUUUAUUUGGUUUCUGACACUGGAAUUGAUAUCCACUCUAUUUUAAGUUAGUCCGUACAGCUGUGUUGAUGCAAUAUAUUUCCUUCUUUUUACAUGCAUUUAACUGAUUCGGUACCAUUUUGUUUUCCGACACCAACCACACAUACAAACAUAAAUCCGAUUGAAGAGAAAGAAAAACGAAUAGAACGUGAAAGGUGUCUCUUGAGAAAAGUUGAGAAAAAAAUAAGGAAACGAAAGUAUGUAUACGAAAACGAUUUAAAAAUCUAUUAAAUCUAUUAAAUUUAAAUUUUAUGUGUACUUAAUUAUAAAUAACUGGAAGAAGAAAUUCAACAGCAACAACAACAACAAGAACAAAAUAAACAAAUGUGAAAACGAAGGAUGAAGUGAAAACCUACAUUAAUAA